GAGCAACAGAGAGGAAAGGUCAGACCUGACCAGUGGCAGGCGGCGGCGGCGGCCAUGGGAGGAACUUCAAUCCGCUACGGCUACGCUACCGAAUAGCAAGAGAUUUUUCUGAAUCGAGGCAAACGGUGUCGCAUCAAUCCACUCUCACGCCAUAAGAUCAACAGAUGGUUGCCGGGAGAAGUGAAUCCAUGGGCCAUGGCCUCUUAUAUAUACGCACAUUCCUUACCCCUCUAUAUAGAUUAUAGUCUCUUCGUUCAGUACUCGCAGAAGCCAGAAGAGACCAAUCGGAGCACCGGCGAUGGCAGCAAGAUCGCUUCUGUUUCUAAAUUCUUCUCUCUCGACUUCUUUUCGGUCUCCGUCUCUGCUUGGUCUCCACCGUGGACGCCGCCUUGCAAUGUCAGGAGCAGCGCCGAUUUGCCUCUCGACGUCCGGCGCCGAAGCUGAACCUGGUGAAGCUAGGAAGGAAGACAUAGUUAUCGUUGGUGCCGGAAUUGCCGGCCUUGCCACCGCGGUUGCGCUUCACAGGUUGGGAGUGAGGACGGUGGUGCUGGAGCAGGCGGAGUCGCUGCGGACUGGCGGAACGUCGCUCACUUUCUUCAAGAAUGGGUGGAGGGCCUUGGAUGCCAUUGGAGUCGGGAAUUUGCUCCGGCCCCAAUUUCUUGAAAUUCAAGGGAUAACAACAAAAGCAGAAGAUGGAAGGGAACUGCGGUCAUUCAUAUUCAAAGACACAGAUGAAAGUCAAGAGGUUCGUCCCGUGGAAAGGCGUGUACUUCUGGAAACUCUUGCCAAUCAACUGCCGAAAGAUACAAUCAAGUUUUCUGCAAAACUAGCAAAGGUUAAAACGAGUCAAUCAACUGAAACUCUAUUGGAACUCACCAAUGGGACAAAAUUAUCUGCAAAGAUUGCGAUUGGUUGUGACGGGAUUUGGUCUUCAGUUGCUAAGUCGAUGGGGUUCUCGGACCCCAAAUAUGUAGGGCAUUGUGCUCUUCGUGGCCUUGGAUUGUUCCCCAAUGGGCACUCAUAUGAACCAAUGGUAAACUACAUCUACGGAAGGGGAGUUCGUGGUGGAUAUGUGCCAAUUACUCCAACAAAAGUUUUCUGGUUUAUGAUGUAUAAUAGCUCUACACCAGGUCCAAGUAACACUGAUCCAGCAGCGUUAAAGAAGCAAGCUAAAGAGCUAGUUCGCAAUUGGUCCUUAGAGCUCUUGAGCAUGAUCGAUCUCACCCCAGAUGACGCGAUAAUCAAAUCCCCUCUGGCAGACCGGUGGCUAUGGCCGGCCAUAAGCCCUCCUGCUUUUGUAGGCAAAACCGUGCUGGUUGGCGAUGCAUGGCAUCCAAUGACUCCCAAUCUCGGGCAGGGUGCUUGCUGUGCUCUGGAGGAUUCUGUCAUUCUGGCUAGAAAGUUAGCCAGCGCGCUCAAUACUGGAUCUACAACCGUGGAAGAUGCUCUCAAAUCGUAUGAAAGUGAACGAUGGCCUCGUAUCUUCCCAAUGACAGUACGCUCCAGUUUCACGGGCUCGAUUUUGCAAUGGGAUAACCCGAUGUUCUGUUCUUUUCGGGACAAUGUUCUCAUUCCCAAGCUUGUUAGGCCUGGGCCAAUGUUGGAACAUACAAAUUUUGACUGUGGAACUCUAUAAGAUAGAUGCUAGGAAAAGUUUAGGCCUGAGUCCAAUUUUAUAGAAUGCUGCCAUAUAUAAAAGAAACAGUUGUUUGAUGUCACAACUUUCUCAAUACAAUAAACGUAAGGAAAAUUCUAUUCA